UAGAGAACAGUUUGGAGGUUCCUCAAAACAUUAAAAUAGAGAUAUCAUAAGAUCCAGAAAUCCUUGUGCUGGGUAUAUAGCUGGAAGAAAGGAAAUCCAUAUAUUGAAGAAAUAUCUUCAUUCCCAUGUUCACAAUAGCCACUAUUCAUAACUGCCAAGAUUUGGAAGAAACCUACAUGUGCAUCAACAGAUGAAUGGCUAAAGAAAGUACUCUACUCAUACACAGUGGAGUACAAUUCAGCCAUGAAAAAAGCAUGAGAUCCUGUUACUUGUAAUAACGUGGAUGGAACUGGAGGUCAUUAUGUUAAGUGAAAUAAGCCAGGCACGGAAAUAUAGGCAUUGCGUGUUCUCACUUAUUUGUGGGAUAUACAAAUCAAAACAAUUGAGCUAAUGUCUGGGUCUUAGUCAAUUUUGUACCCUAAGUACUGGGAGCACAGUCUUUAAAAUACAUGAUGAAUGCUUUCAUACAGGAAUGAAUAGAGGAGAGGCAAAGGGUGGUUGGGGGUUCUUCUGAUGCACAGUAUCUUCCUUGACACAUUCAGUACAACUCUCAACAGGUAAGUCUCUUCAUGUUAGGUUACCUUAUGAGAAAUUAAGUGGCAGAACAUGUCUUCUAUUAUUUUCCUUUCCAGACAAGACCAAUUGCUGGCUGCAUUUGAGUCCCAAGCAACAAUUAGGCCAUCGCUAUCACCACAGAGUCAGAGGGGAUGACACACAGGGGCCAGCAAUCUCACCCAAGUCAACUCCACCACACUUUCUGGUCACCCACUGUGUGUAUAGAGCCCUGCUAGUGACCAGGGUGAUGACAGUAAAUAAUACCAGACUGUGCCCUUGAGGACCUUACCUCUGCUGAGGCAAACAUGCACAGAAACCCACAAUGGUGGUAGAGAGGAAAUAGGACAAUAGGACUGUGUGAGGGGGAUAGGAGGCAUCCAGAGGAGGAAAUGGUUACAUCUGUGUGAGGAGGUUCGUAAGGAAAGACUUUAACAGAAGGGGUCUGUCUAUCUGGGCUUGGAAGAAUGUAUAGGAGUCAUCUAGCGGGCGCAGGUACACUCCAGGCAGAGGGAAUUGCAUGGGUAAAGAUCUGGAGGUGUGGCUUGUGGGGAUGGAUUUCAAGUAUUCUGGAAUGAGGACAGCCAUGGAAACAAGGGCAGGUGAGAGGAGAUUUAAUAGAUUUCAUGCCAAUGGCUCCACUUCAGCUUCUGGUAAGAAAUCAGAAUUCUUGGACUCCUCGAUAACACUGAUUAAAUUGUUUAUGAUUCCUCAUAGAACAUGAACUCAAAAGAGGUCAGCAAAGGGGUGUGUGCAAUUCUUUGCUACUGGCUACAGCUGCAGCCCCGCCUCCUUCUCCGGCACAGAAACAUUUCAGCAACUUGGCUGCAGACUGCUGUGCAGGGCAGGGAAGCUCCAGGCAGACAGCCCAGCAAACAGCAGCACGCAGCUAAAAGGAAGACUCAGAGGAGACAGUUGAAGAAGGAAAGUGGCGAUGGACCUCAUCCCAAAUUUGGCCAUGGAAACCUGGCUUCUCCUGGCUGUCAGCCUGGUGCUCCUCUAUCUAUAUGGAGCCCAUUCACAUGGACUUUUUAAGAAGCUUGGAAUUCCAGGGCCCACACCUCUGCCUUUUUUGGGAACUACUUUGUCCUACCGUCAGCUUCCUCUAACUGCCAGCAAGUCUGAUUUCAUUGGAUUCAACUGUUUUCAGCCCCAAUUAGAGGCAGGGUUAAGUACAUUUGAAAUAUUGAUCAAAGGGAGCACAUCCAAGAUGGCCGAAUAGGAACAGCUCCGGUCUGCAGCUUCCAGCAAGACUGACGCAGAAGGUGGGUGAUUUCUGCACUUCCAACUGAGUCUUAGCAACCGGUAGACCAAGAGAUACCCUCCCGUGCCUGGCUCGGCAGGUGCCACACCCAUAGAGCCUUACUCACUGCUAGUGCAGCAGCAGUCUGAGAUAGACCUGCGACGCUACAGCUUGACGGGGGGAGGGGUGCUGGCCAUUGCUGAGGCUUGAGUGGCUCACUGUGUAAACAGAGGCCUGGAAGUACGAACUGGGCAGAGUCCACUGCAGCUCAGCAAGGCCUACUGCCUCUGUAGAUUCCACCUCUGGGGGCAGGGCAUAGUAGAACAAAAUGCAGCAGACAGCUUCUACAGACUUAAAUGUCCCUGUCUGACAGCUCUGAAGAGAGCAGUGGUUCUCUCAGCAUGGUGUUCAAGCUCUGAGAAUGGACAGACUGCCUCCUCAAAUGUGUCCCUUACCCCCCUGUAGCCGGACUGGGAAACACCUCCCAGUAGAGGCCGACAGACACUUCAAACAUGUGGGUGCCCCUCUGGCGCAAAGCUUCCAGAGGAAGGAUGAGGCAGAAAUAGUUGCUGUUCUGCAGCCUCUGCAGGUAAUACCCAGGCAAACAG